AUAAAAAUCUCAGUAUGGUAUCUACUUGAAAAAUUAAGUAGGGUAAUUGCGCUGGUUUGGCGUCCAGUUCUACUUUUCGUUCAUUUAACUUCUAAACGCAUAUAAAAAGAAUUAUAAACACACCUAUGCGCGCAAGUUGCAACUUGUCACGAUCCUUCACACUUAAGCAACAGUUCUAACAACCACAAAAUCCAAUUUGUCAAGUGAAAACUUCGAAAAAAUUAAACUCAGUGGCCGGCUUGUGUUCGUGUUUUGUAGACGUCAUACACGAUACAAAAAAAAAUAGCUGGUGCAGGAACACUCCGUGGUGGGUUUUAUGACUAUUUCACAUAGAUUGAGUAAUAUUUUGGCAUGUAAGGAUAUUUUAACCCUUCGUAAGCUUUAGGCCGUAUCCGGGCAUGUACUAGGAAUGCUUUGUUCCGGAUCCGUCCAAAUGCACUCGUCGUAGUUUUUACACAAAUAUAAUAUCUAAUAACAAGAAAUAAGGUGUUUUAUUAUUUGAAAUGUAUUUCUAACGAAUGAAGCCGUCAUAGACAACUGUCAAAUAUGAAUUUCAUCCGUUCAUUUAGCUAACCAAGUCAUUUCAAAUUGUGACUUCGUUGUGUUGCAAAGUGACUGAAGAACGUGUGAGAAAACUCGUCUUUUUUGGCUGUAAUUACAAACAGAUUAAAAUGGAACCCCAAACCCCAAGUACUUCCAGAAGCAUGUUUGUCGGCUUGGAGGUGACUAGAACUCCUCAGGGAUCCCUUAUUCGGGGCAGAGAUGUAGUCUUGGAGACAUCUGGAUCAGGGAGGAUUAGACCUUGGCGGCCCCAAAAUUUAUCUGUGGAAGGCGAAGCCAUAGAGAUCGUGGAUGAGUUGGUCCAUGGCGGCGAAAAAGUAGCUGCUGUACCAGAGGAACGUACGAAAGGUCAGCCGCGUAAUCUUUUUGGCCGAGAACCUGUAAGUUUCAUUUUCAUAACACUCUUUGAAAGUAUAAAUUACUUGCAUUGAGAAAGGGAUUUUUAUUUAUUGCCGCUCUCAUCGUGCACCGGACUAUCUGAUAGAAAUCUAGUCCAUCCAGUAACUAAGGUAAUGUAACUAAGGGUGUUUGGUUUGUGCUUCAAUAACACAAUUCUGCUAAAAUUGGCAAUGCGGUAUGAAUGUAUUGUAACUUCAUUGAUAUAAAGGUGUUUGGUGUAUGCUCAAUAACGUAAUUCAGCGAAAUUGGCAAUAUGGCAUGAAUAUAUUGAAAGUUAAUUGAAUAAAAAUGAACAGGAAUCUCUAUUCCUGUUCAUCGUUGGGAUACACUAAUUAUUCCUUUUUAUAAAAAUAUUGUGGUUGGCAUCUCUAACAAUACCCGCUUUUGUUAUGUUUGUGUGUAUGCUUGCAUGUGGUUUAGGGUUUGGUUUUUUUAAUAGGAUGAAGACAUACUGGAUCCUGAGCUGGCUGAAGAAUUAGCCAUCGACUCUGGAAGUGAUGAGGAUGCCGAGGAAGAAUUGACUCUCGAUCAGUUACAGCAGAUGUUGGAAUCAGAUGACGAUUUUAUUGAAGAUGAAGUUAGUGAGGAGCCAUUGACUUGGUCAUCUGAUUUUAACGAAUUUAGAGGGGUCAGGGAGGACUUCAACGAAGAAGCUGGUCCUAAAAUUGAGGGAACAAGUCCUUUAGGCUUGUUUACUCAAAUUUGGGACCAGCCUCUGAUGGAUUCUAUUGUCCACGAAACGAAUCAUUACGCUUGGGAAACAAUAACCGGUUUCUUUGAAACCGGAGACUCCAUGCCAAGUAAAUCUCGCAUGAACGACUGGGUGGAAACUUCGGUUUCCGAACUAUAUAGGCUUAUAGGUGUGAUGAUAUUUAUGUCAAUAUGUGUAAGAAGUAGGUUAGAGGAAUAUUGGAUGACGGGUGUGAUGGGUAUGCCGGAGUUUCGAAAACUGAUGUCAAGGGAUCAUUACGUAAUGCUCUUAAAAUUUUUGCACUUUACUGAUAACAACAACAUACAUGUACAGGGGCGUGAUAAGAAAAUAGCUAAAAUAAAACCUAUUAUAGAUUAUUUAAAUAAAAAAUUCCAGUCCAUUUACGUGCCUCACAGAGAAGUAUCGAUAGACGAAUCGUUGCUGCUUUGGAAGGGUCAUUUAAGCUGGAAACAAUGCAUUCGUUCCAAAGCAGCUCGAUUCGGUAUCAAAAGUUAUGAACUCUGUGAGGCCGUAACUGGAUACGUAGUAAAUUUAAUUUUGUAUGCCGGCAAAGGCACGACAACUGCAGAAACGGUUUACGGGUUUACUACAUCCACUGCCAAAAUAGUCCUUGAGCUUUUCAAGAACUAUUUAGGCAAGGGAUAUACCCUGUUCAUGGACAAUUUUUAUAAUUCUGUUCCUCUGACCCAAUUUCUAAAAAAACAUAAAACUGACGUAGUCGGUACUCUGAACCGUCGCCGAAAAGACACGCCCGUAGAAAUCCAAAAUUUGCAGGAUAAAAGGAUGGCUAGGGGUAGUGUGGUAAGUAGACACUGUGGUGAUGUAUCCGUCAUAGCAUGGAAAGAUGUGAAGCUUGUCACCACUGUAUCUACUUACCACAAAACAGAUAUGGCUCCAGGGCACAGGGCUGGCCAACCCUGCUCCAAACCAGUCGUGGUCCAUGAAUAUAAUAAAUACAUGGGAGGCGUCGAUCUCAAAGAUCAAAAGCUAAGCAUGUAUUUAUUAGAAAGAAAGAGGGGAAUCAAAUGGUAUAUUAAAGUUUUUAGACGUCUUUUAAAUAUAUCUAUUUUAAAUGCAUAUAUUAUAUAUUGUGCUAACAUUGGCCAGCAUAAAAAAAUGACUCACCGCCAAUUUCGUUUCAAGCUUGCUGAAGAGCUCUGCUUAGAAUUCGGACAAAACGUCUCCUCACGUUCGCGCCAGGUCCCCAUCCCCACCUGUAGCAGGCUGAACAGGGAUUUUAAUCAUUUCCCUGUUCAUAAUGAGGUGACCGAGGAGCGAACCAAAAAACAAGAUAAAUUUAAGAGGGGACGUUGUGUUAGAUGCAGGCAAAAAUGUAACAUCGCGUGCAGUCAUUGCACGGUGUAUAUUUGUGUUGGCCAAUGUUGGCUUGAGUAUCAUACUUUAGAAAAUCUAUAGUUUGUAAAUUACUUCUGUAGUUACAUAUAUAUAAAAUAUAUAAUUAAAUAUUAUCUAUUUAUUUAUAUUAGUUAUAUAUUUAUAUAAAAUGUGUGAUGUAGUAGUCAACACACCAGACUGCUACUUCCAGGUCUCGGGUUCGAUCCCCAGUCAGGUCAAGUUGGUAAAUUAUCUUUUUCAUAUUGACUUCUGAUCUUGGGUGUUUAUCUAUUUAUGUAUACAUUAUUUUAUUUUUAAAUAUUAAUAUUAGGAUUAUUGUUUAAAAAUACUUUUUUCUCUUUGAUCCCUUCUUUCUUAGGACUGCACUGGUUUGGUCUACGGGUUAUAAGAUACAUAGAAUGAAUAUACAAAUAAAAUAAAAAAAAAAAAAAUUCAAAGCCCUUCAGGCGAGUAGGCGACCAAUACUGUUGAAAAGAGUUUCUUUCGGCGUUUCUUCUCUUGCA